GCCCGUUUCAGUUGCGUGACAAUGGGAACUUUCUAACGAAUCAGAUCGAAGGCGGCCUUCGUUUGCUCGGGCUGGGGGAGUAAGGGGGAGAAGCGAACAAUGGCGGGCGGGAUGGCGAGGUCGCGCGCUUUGUCGUCGCUUGCCUGCGUUAUGCUCCUACUGAGCUCCGUCAACGCCUGGAAUGAUGAGGCCAUUCCUAAAGUCAAGGAAACAUGCAGCAGAUCUUGCGUCGCGGAGAGUUGUGAAACUUUUGGAAUUCGAUAUGGGAAGUUCUGUGGUGUGGGGUGGAGUGGUUGCCCUGGGGAGAAGCCCUGCGAUGAUCUUGAUGCUUGUUGCAUGGCUCAUGAUGAAUGUGUUGAGAAAGGAGGGAUGACUAAUGUGAAGUGUCAUGAGAAGCUCAAUAAAUGCAUGAAGAAAGUAAAGAAAUCUGGGAAGGUUGGAUUCUCAAAGCUUUGUCCCUAUGAUUUAGCCAUCCCUACAAUGACUCAGGGAAUGGAUAUGGCCAUCUUACUUAGUCAGCUGGGAGGACUUAGUGGUCUGGAAAAGGAAUGAUGAACUGCUCAGACUCUGAUGAAUUUCAAUUCCAUUUGAAUCCUGCUGAGACAUUUCAAUUCCUUCCCUCCUCUCAGCAUAAUUAUUAUCAAAUUAUAUGAUCAAGUUGUCUUUUUCAGGCGAUUUCUUCA